AUGACGACACCACGAGAAGAUCAAUUUCACCAUUUUUCGCAAUUCAAAUUCGACCUAUUGCAUUCCCCUAACCCUCCUCAUCUUCCUCCUUUUACUCCUAUGCUUCCCUUGAGUCAAAGAAACGGAAUCAAUAAUGUCAACUUGCAUGCUAGUAAUGUUGAGGCGUUUCCCAGUCCGAGCAACUCGGUUAAUCUUCCUCCUCUUCUUCAAAUCGAACCCAGUCAAAGAGGAAAGCAUAAUGGUAAAUCAAAAGUUUCUAGAAAUUCAAAAUCUGCAGCGGCUCAGAUGACAAAUGGAGAAUCACUGAAUGCAGUGGCAGUAAACAACUGUCGUUAUGACAGUUCCUUAGGAUUGUUAACCAAGAAAUUUGUCAGCUUGAUCCAAAACGCUAAGGAUGGUACCCUUGAUCUAAAUAAAACUGCUGAGGUCUUAGAGGUUCAAAAACGGAGAAUUUAUGACAUUACAAAUGUUCUUGAAGGAAUAGGAUUGAUAGAGAAAACUUCAAAGAACCAUAUACGGUGGAAAGGAUGUGAUGGAAUUGGGCCACGAGAACUAGAGGGUCAAGUUAAUUCUCUAAAGGCUGAAGUUGAAAGUUUAUAUGCUGAGGAAUUCAAACUUGAGGAGUGUAUAAGCGAAAGGAAGGAGCUUCUCAGAAACCUGGAAGAAGGUGAAAACACCGGAAAGUACCUUUUCUUUACCAAGGAAGAUAUUCUUACUCUUCCAUGCUUCCAGAAUAAGCAACUUAUUGCAAUCAAAGCUCCGAAAGCUAGUUUCAUUGAGGUCCCCGAUCCGGAUGAGGAAUUAGGCUUUCACCAAAGGCAGUACAGAAUGAUCAUUAGAAGUGCAACUGGACCGAUAAAUCUGUACCUCUUGAACAAGCACGACCACAGGUUAGAGGAUGUGAGUGUCGACCAGGCAGAGUUAAUGGACCCAUCGUGGAGUAGCAACCACAGCAGAACGGAGGGUGUGGGAUUAUUAGAAAGCCGAGGUUAUCAGAAAAACCCUUCUGGGAGUUUAAGUUUGCAAGGCUCAGAGGCUUUUGGAAUUCAACAAAUUACUCCUACGGAUUUGGAUGUUGAUGGUGACUAUUGGUUUCAAUCAGAUCCUGAAGUUGGCCUAACACAAUUGUGGGGGUAG